AUCGUCACAGGAACUGAAAAACGUAUACAACAAAAAUGGCGUCUCCCGGCGAGGCAGCGGUCUGUGAUACACACGUGGGAAAAAAGAAGAAGCCCACAUCUCGUUACUGGGAGGAGACGCAAAAGGAUGGGGAAAAUGAAAAGAAAGUGGGUAAAGACGGAGAGCAGACUGGACAGUCUUUGGAAAAGAAGACGCGACAGAAGCAAAAAGCAAAGAAAAGGAAGCAAGAAGAAGAUCAAGGAGAUGGAAAUAAGCUUAUAUCAGGGAAAUCUGACCCUUUCCCUGGGCCUGCUCCUAUUCCAGAAGACCGGUUGCAGAAGUUCAAGAGGAGAGAUACAACUAAAAAGCCUCGGCGCCAGCAUUACAAGCUCAAAGACAUGAUUGCUCGCUCAGAAGAAGCUUCAGAAAUGGCCCAGAAACAAGCUGCUCGGUUUGACCUCCUACUCCCAGAGGAUGCAGGGUUUCUAGAAGGAGAUGAAGAUGAGGACACGUGUACAAUCUCUCAGGAAGAUAUUGCAGAGGUUGUGGACAUAACAUCUGCGACAAAGUAUUUUGAUCUGAAACUGUCUCAGUUUGGACCGUAUCGAGUAGAUUACAGUAAGACUGGACGUCAGUUGCUGCUUGGUGGGAGGAGAGGGCAUGUUGCUUGUAUAGACUGGCAGUCCAAACAGCUAAUGUGUGAGAUAAACGUAAUGGAGUCUAUCAAUGAUGUAAAGUGGCUCCAUAGUGAGGCCAUGUAUGCAGUGGCUCAGAAGAAGUGGCUGCAUAUCUAUGACUCCAAUGGAAUAGAGCUACACUGCAUCCGCAAAUUCAAUGACGUCCUCCGUAUGCAGUUCCUCCCCUACCACUUUUUGCUAGCAACAGCGAGUGCUACAAGUUUCCUGCAGUACCUGGAUGUGUCAGUGGGAAAGGAGGUGGCAGCCAUUUGCACCAAGACUGGCCGGCUUGAUGUGAUGUGCCAGAACCCUCAUAAUGCCAUCAUCCACCUCGGCCACUCCAACGGCACGGUCACCCUCUGGGCUCCCAACCAGAAAGAAGCCCUUGUCAAGAUGCUCUGUCACCAGGGCGCCGUGCGCUCUGUCACUGUAGACAAGACGGGAACAUAUAUGGUGACAUCUGGUAUGGAUAAAAAGCUGAAGGUGUAUGACAUUCGAGCCUUCAAGCCCCUCAAGUCCUACUUCCUCCCUGCUGGCGCUUCCUGUUUGUCUCUGAGUCAGAGGGGUCUGCUGUCUGCAGCCACAGGAGACAUUGUUCAGGUGUAUAGGGAUGUGUGGAACACUCCAGUGAGUAAACCCUACAUGACUCACAGAGUUCAAAGAACAAUUUGGGGGAUGAACUUCUGCCCCUUUGAGGAUGUCCUCGGGGUGGGUCACGGAGAGGGUUUCACCAGCAUGCUCAUACCAGGUGCGGGAGAGCCAAACUUUGAUGGUCUGGAUGCAAAUCCGUACAGGAGUGCAAAACAGAGGCAGGAGUGGGAGGUUAAAGCCCUGCUGGAGAAGAUCCAGCCAGAGCUCAUCAGCCUCGACCCCACUGAGCUGGGACAGGUUGACCGCGCCACGUAUGAGCAAAGGCACCAAGACCGGGUUCAAGCUCUGGGCUUUGACCCACUUGCCAAAGAAAAAUUCAUUCCCAAGUACAAGAAAAAGGGUCGUAGUUCAACUGGCAGUGUUGAAAGGCGCAAGAGACAAGUGGCUCAUGAGGACCAGAGGGAUGUAAUCAGGAAAACUGCAGAGGACAAAAUGAAGAUUGAAAAAGAGAGAAAGAAGAGGGAGAAAAAGGAGGCAGUUUUGUCUAGCCAGAGAUCUGCUCUGGACAGAUUCAAAAAACAGUAAAGGAGUCCCUUUUGUGCAGCCCAAAACCCAGUGACAUUCUGUGGGAGUGACCUUUGAACUUCAUAUAAAGGACACAUUUUUUGAACACAUUACUGCGCUGGGGAAAAAAACAGACUGCAAAAAUUCUGGAAGUAGCCGGCUAAUAAAGAGUCAUUCUCAUGUGUGGCAUUGGUCUGUAAUCAGUGUUGAGUGCAGUGAAACGACAGAUCAAUUCAACGUCUGUAGCCUGAAGCAUUCCAGUCUACAUGGGUGGAUAAUGUGGGAUGCUAUGGCUGGCAUAAGUGUUAGCUUGAAUUUGUGUUGUAUUUUUUCUCUACUUAUAAACCAACUUUUC